AUGACUACAGAACUAUAUCCAUACGAUUAUAACGGGGUACCGGAUACGCACGAUGAGAUACAGGACCACUCGAACGAACAACGUUGGCUUAUAAACGAGAUUAUAAGGCCGGAACUGCCCAACAUCAUAGAUAACGUAGAGAAGUGUGUGGAGGGAUUGUACAGCGACCAGACGUUUAAGAUGCCACUCAGUAACAGCACUGCUGGGAACUCAGUCUUAGGACCGACCAUCAAGGGUAUCAUAACGCGACAGGGGACCAAUGUUCUUGACUUUCAAAUUGCUCUAAGCUUCCCCGAAUUUAAGAAAGGGAAGCCUACCAUCUACAGAAUGAAUACUGGGGUCAAGUUUUCUUUGUACCAAUUAGAGUACAUUGGGAAAAACCUUCAAACCAUUUUAGAACUCCUGGAAGAUUUGGAAAUUGAGGAAGACACUGAACUGUUCCUCGAGAAAUUCCGUUCCGUAUUGAGUGUAAUCACCCAAUCAAUAAAUGUUUUGGAGAACCCGCCUAAAAAUCUGAUCUUCCCCUUCGAUAAUAACUUUGCAAUGAAACAAAUGUUCCAAGGUUACGGGGAAUUGAGCGAGUCAAAUCACCAUGAAAUCAGUCUCGAAAUUGUUCUUGUCAAAAACGAGUUGUGCAUAGAUUUCAGAAACUUGGAAAAAGUCACCAAGAAACCGUGGUGCAAUAUCGAUCUAGAAACCAAGAAAUCUCUAGUAGACAAGAUAAAAGAGGCACUGAAAGUAGAUCGUGAUAAAACACUGAGCGAAACUCUUCGUGAAAAUGACGUCCAUUUGGAAGAGCCAGGCCUGAUAACGAACUUAAUGAUCAGUACAUUCAACAGAGAAAGUACGACUUUACAACAAGCACAAGCGUUUAUUGCACGUUGCAUAACCUACAACGGGAAGGUCGUCAUCGAAACCGAGAAGAUAUCUGUCACAACCAGCGACCCUACGUUAAUAAGUAUUACGUCAAAACUGAGCUCGAUAGAACGAUCUAUAAGUAACCAUUUUACCAACUUGGAAGUCGCAUAA